GGAGGGAGAGCAAAAGAGAGACUUAGAGUCACACAUUCACACACUCUCUCAAUCACUCUCAUACACACACACAUAAACUCUUACAUUCUCGCACAGAUUCAGAGGUGCCUUGCUGAAGAGACUCUGUUACGCACACCUGCAGGGGUGAGAAUAUUUUAAGCAGUGAAUACUGGACUAAAACAGAAUACCGGAGCACUGGGACAGACUCGACAGCACCUAGGGACUUUCUUCAAACGGGACCUUUACAGCAUGUGAAGCCGGACGAACAGAUAUGUGCACCAUCUAUCCUUAACAUUCCUUCAUUUCAUCCCUCCAUCUGUGCCUCCCUCCCACCUCUCCUCUCAAGUGGUGUGAAGGACACGGAGCUACGAGUUCCUCAGUGCUCUCUGCCUGGUUGCCUUACGGGAGUCUGGGGGAGGCUUGGUGCUCCCCUUCGCUCUCCUGCGCUCUCACUCGUUCAUGAAUGUCACCUCUAUCUGCGGAAGCCCUUGCAAUUUACAAACACUCUCUCGGGAGCUUGGGGAGAGGGAGCAAAGGGGAAUGUAAGAAGGGCUGAGGAAGAAGAGAACUUCUGAUUCCUUUCAUCCUUAUCCAUCUGAUCAUCCACAGACAUGAGUUCCAGGGUUGACGACACCAGUUUUUGACUUUUACUUAGUAUGUCUGUCUUUGUUUUUUUUUUGUUUUUUUUGCAGUCAUAGUGUCAUAAAUGCAAUACUUCGGAAUCAGGUAAUGGAGUUUUACUAAGAUUGUCUCAGGAUAUUGAUCCUUUUCUCAGUAGGAUCUGUAUUUUAGUUUGUUUUAUGCAUCCAUCGAUCUUCUCCGUUUUACGAGGAUCGCACUGAUAUGUUCCAUAUUUACACCUUUUUUCUGAACUUGCAGAAUGAUUUCUGAUCUGUGAGAUUUCUGAAGAUCAAUCCCACACUAAACUGUGGAAGGGAAGUGAGAUACCAGGGCUUUUGGGAGCUCGGAGCUUCAGGGAAUAGAGUCAAACAGAGGGUAUGGUGGUGCUGUGAUGGCUCACUUAUCUUCCAGAAUUCCAGUAUGGCUCCAUGGAUCAUCUGAUGCCACUUGUCCUGUCCAUAUGCUGUGCAACGAGACCUGAAAUACAACAAACAAUCCCAACAACGACAGCUGCCAUUCAUCACAAUCACAACACCAGGAAUUCUGCAUUCCAGGGACUAUUUUGAUAGCCAAAGAAACAAAUAAAGUUUAUUGUGAACUUCACAAGUGUUUUGCCCCACCCCCUUUACCCCUCUAAAACCAAGCCCCUUUUUGUUCCCUAUCAAGUUGUGACUCAUUCUCCCCUUGGUUAUUGUGGGAGACCCUGCUGUACUCCGAACAUCUACAGACUCCUGCUCCUGUCCUCCGUGGCCCUGGAGGAUCGGACAGGUGGGUGGCCCACUGACGCCCUCUGCGCCCUACGGGUGAGCGGGGCACAGCAAAAUGGCUGCCCUCGCCAGCUCGCUGAUCCGGCAGCGCAGGGAAGUCAAGGACCCCCAGGCCAACCGGCAGAUUUCCACCAAACGCAAGCCUUGCCCCAAGAGCAACAAGUCGCUCUGCCAGAAACAGAUCCUCAUCCUCAUCUCCAAAGUCCGGCUUUGCAGCAAUCGAGGACGAAAACUAGAAAAAAGACCAGAGCCUCAGCUGAAAGGUAUUGUCACACGUCUGUACUGUCGGCAUGGCUUCUACCUGCAGAUGUUACCCGAUGGCACCUUGGACGGUACAAAGGACGAAAACAGCUCCUUCUUGCUGUUCAACUUGAUUCCUGUGGGUCUGAGAAUAGUCGCCAUCCAAAGCACCAAGACAGGACUCUACAUAGGCAUGAAUAGCGAGGGCUUCCUCUACACAUCAGAACAUUUCACGCCAGAGUGCAAGUUUAAGGAGUGUGUGUUUGAGAACUAUUAUGUGACAUACUCCUCGAUCUUGUACCGUCAAACACAGUCAGGCCGGGCCUGGUACAUUGGCAUUAACCGGGAUGGACAGGUCAUGAAAGGAAAUCGGGUCAAAAAGACUAAAGGAGCAGCCCAUUUUCUGCCCAAGCUUAUAGAGGUUGCCAUGUACAGGGAACCAUCACUACAUGAAGUUGCUGAGCAAAGCCCGCCUAGAAAAACGGCCAAAACGUCAGACUCCCACGUCCAUAAAAACGGCAAGAAAGACCAAGUGCUUCCCGUCCCCACAGCCUCCUAGCGGCAGUAGAACAAACACUUUGUUUGCACGGACACGCCAUGAACGCCAACAGCGGCACAGGAGGUUUGGUACAAAUAAUGUUUGUAGUCCCUCCACCGACCCUCAGAACUUUGACAUUUCCAACAAUGCAUCAGGGCUCAAAAGACCCUUGCCGACAGGUCUAAUGCCCACCGCACUUCCUUUUGGUCUCUCCUGCUCCUUAAUCAAAGGAAUACUGAGCAAUAAUAAGCGCACUGGUCUGGGGGCAGAGUGUGACGGCGUCGCUUUUGUGAGAACAGCAACACCUAAUAGAAAGGAUCUUUGUCUUCCUCUCCUUUUUUAGUAUUUCAAGAAGAAACACUUCUUCUUGUGAAGCAAUUCGUGCUUGACAUUUAAAGCCUCCAUUUCCUUUGUUCAAGCAUUCAUAGAUUCCACGAAAAUCUUUUCUUUUCUUUUUUUCUUUUUUUAACAGAGAUCCCUGUCAUCUCUAAGCCUUGUUUGUAAUCUCCUCUCCCUUCUCUACCUCUUCUGCACUUUGAUUAACUUGAGACACAGAGGCCAUUUUCCACUUCACAACACAGGAAAAGCCCUACACACUCUUCCGGGGACCAUUAAGGAUGCCGCCACAUGCACACACACACACACACACACACACACACACAUACACAAAUGAAAUAAAUAAAUAAAUAAAACUUACCCUCCUCUUAGGAUGAGGAUGUUUAGAGGCAUUGCAAACCUUUUUCUGCUC